AUGGAACCUACCUUUCCAAUAUUUCGACUUCCUCAAAAUGCUAUCUUCCACGUACUUCAAACCAUGAAUCUUAAUCAACUAUUUAUCAUCUCCCUGGUCUCAACGAAAACUAAGAAUCUGGUGUCAUCAUUAAGAUUAGAUGCAAGUGAUGUUGACAUUUGCAUUUCUCGUAGAAUUAAUGUACUUGCGCGCACUACAAAUUCCUAUUUGAAUCUGGAUUUCUAUAAGGAAUCGAAUAAUCAGAAUGAAUUGUUAUCGGUAGAAAUUUCUGUUCCAGUUGCUGCCUAUGUUGGAAAUGAAGGUUCAAGAACUCAAUCGUUAAUUCCAUUCAACUUCAGCAAGUGGUUGAAUCACAUUCGGACAGUAUUCUGUUGGACUAAACCAGCAAAUGUAUAUUUUUCUCAAGGCUGUGAGAGAUUUGAUCUUCGAUUGUUGAAAGAUACAAUUGGGAAUGUCAAUCAGCUCGUUCCGACUGGACUAUUGACUGACGAUUCGAGCAGGAAAGUUUUGAAACACUUCAGUUCCCCAAGCGAAUUAUGUCUGAUCAAUAAUCCAUUCGAAGAAGCUUGUCAGAUUCAACAAAUCUUCAUUCAAAACUGCAAAAUUCUCGAAUUUGGUGAUGUAUACUCAUUGGAUGACAUGUUAUUGAUCAACUGUGAAAGAGCCGAUCUCUACCAUCCAAUAUCUCAAAAAACGUUAAACCGAUUCCUCAAACACUGGAUCCGUGGGUCGAAUCCAAGACUGCAACACAUGGCUCUAUCAAUCAAUAAAACUGAUUUUGUCAACGGAGAAGUGUAUUUGAAUGGGAUCAAAUGUAUGGAAAUGAGUGAAGAUGUAAAAAGAGAUAUUCAUCAAACACUCAGUUCGUCAAUCUAUUCCUCAAUGAUCCAGAUCAGACGGAGGGAUGGUACACCUGCAGUGAUUGGAUCUUACAAAUCCGAAAAUUUUAUCUAUUUACAUUUCAUUGUGUUCCACUAA